AGAUUGGAGAUCAUUGUAGUAGGCUUAGGGUUUUCAGUUUUCACUUUUCAACGAUUUUAACCUUCAACCCUUUGUUGUCGUGAUUGGAAUUUGUAAGAGCGAAAAUGGACGAAACCACAGAGGGCAAAACCGUCACCGUGGAAGUUGAACCCAAAAAGCGCGAAGCUGAUUCGGAAAGCGACGAUCUUGUUGAUGUUCCCUCCAAGAAGCCAAAGACGGAAGAUUCUUCGGUUGUCGAAGCUUCUUUCGAAAUUGAUGCUGAUGCAGCUGAGGAUAAGGGUUCUAGGCACACAAUGGAAGAUGCUUGGGUUGUUCUCUUAGACGCAACUUUAGAUUACCCUGGAAAAUUAAGGUGUGCACAUUUUGCAAUUUAUGAUGGGCAUGGAGGACGGUUGGCUGCAGAAUAUGCACAGAAGCAUUUGCAUGGGAAUGUUAUCUCAGCUGGAUUACCACGUGAGUUGUUGGAUGUAAAGGCAGCUAAAAGAGCUAUACUUGAUGGUUUUCGUAAAACUGAUGAGUCUCUUCUUCAAGAAAGUUCUGAAGGGGGAUGGCAGGACGGUGCCACAGCUGUCUGUGUCUGGGUAUUGGGACAAAAAGUUUUCGUUGCAAACAUAGGAGAUGCCAAAGCAGUUUUGGCUCGGUCAACUAUAAGUGAUGGAUCCCAAGAUAAUUCUGAUGGAGCCCAUGCACUAAAGGCCAUUGUUUUGACGAGAGAGCACAAACCUAUCUUCCCACAGGAACGUGCACGCAUUCAGAAGGCUGGUGGUGUUGUAAGCUCAAAUGGGCGAUUGCAAGGGCGUCUAGAAAUUUCUAGGGGUUUUGGAGACCGGCAGUUCAAAAAGGUGGGUUGUAGUGCAACCCCAGAUAUCCAUUCUUUUGAUCUUACUGAGAGAGAGCAUUUCAUCAUUCUUGGCUGUGAUGGCUUGUGGGGGGUAUUUGGUCCCAGUGAUGCUGUUGAUUUUGUUCAGAAGUUAUUGAAUGAGGGGCUUAGUGCUGCAGCUGUGAGCCGCCGUCUUGUAAGGGAAGCUGUACGUGAGCGUCGCUGCAAAGAUAACUGCACCGCAAUUGUUAUUGUAUUCAAGCGCAGUUAACUUACUGAUGACCCCAUCUCCAUGUGUUACAAUAGCUGAGGCUCAAAUGGAAUCGCGGUUUGUUUAGCUAAUAGCUACAGCUUGAGAGUGUAGAAUGUGUGAAUUGCCUACCACAAUGCAUAAGUGGUGGCUCACAAGGCAUAAGUGUGCAAUGUUUUUAGCUUAUGCUUAUGAAACUGAUGCAUGAUUGUUGUAGUUGUGGUCAUGUUUGAAGCAAUGGAUAAUUGUGAUAUACAUGGUUGAGUAAUGGUAGUUAGUUUCUUUGUUGAACAUCAUUUUGUUUUGGACUCAA